CUGCUGCUGCUGCUGCAGGGCGUCGCCCGCCCAUGCUCCAUGCUGGCCCUCUGCUGCUCCUCUCAAGCUCCCAUUUUGACUUAAAUUGAUGAAAGGAGACAGAAACAGUGGAAAACUGAACAGCUUUGACAGAGGAUCAGGAUGCCGCCCUAUUUUACAUCAGUGCUGCUGGUCACCUCCAUAUCAAGCAUUUGGGCUCAAGACUUGAACGAGGAAAGGAAAACUUACAAGAAAUCCAGAGCCAGGCCGGUAGCUGCAAGUAUUUAUGAUGGACAGGCCAUCCUGGAUGAAGACUGCAGCCUGGAGCUCUCCUUCCUGUUGGACAGUUCUGAGAGCGCAAAAGACAACCAUGAGCAGGAGAAGCGUUUUGCGAUGGACAUGGUGGACAAACUCCAAGGUGCACGGCUGCCGACUGGCCGCAGCUUGAGCUCCAGGGUGGCCCUGCUGCAGUACAGCAGCCAUGUUAUCAGGGAGCAAACCCUCAGAGACUGGAGGGGAUCAGAAAACUUCAAGAACCGGAUCACCCCCAUUGUGUACAUUGGACACGGCACCUACACCACCUACGCCAUCACCAACAUGACAAGGAUCUACGAGGAGGAAUCCAGACCAGGCAGCAUCAAGGUGGUGAUCUUGCUCACGGAUGGCGUCUCCCACCCGAGGAACCCGGACAUUUUUUCUGCCGUCGCCGAUGCCAAGAACCAGGGCAUCAAGUUCUUCACCCUGGGUAUCACCCGGACAGCCAACAACCCGGCCAACGUGGCCGAGCUGCGACUGCUGGCCAGCUCCCCGGCCUCCCGCUUCCUCCACAACCUGCAGGACGAAGACAUAGUGGAAAAAGUCUUCACCGAAGUAGCUGCCAUAGCUGAUGAAGGAUGUCCUUUGGCUCAGAGGUGUGCAUGUGAGAAAGGAGAACGGGGACCCAGCGGGCCGGCGGGCAAGAAAGGUCGGCCCGGUGAUGACGGCACUCCGGGGCAGAAAGGGCAAAAGGGCGAAGCAGGCUUAAGUGGAAUACCUGGACGGGAGGGAGCUGAGGGGAAGCCUGGUUACAAAGGUGAUAAGGGUGAGAGGGGUGAAUGCGGCACUCCUGGAAUCAAAGGAGAUAGGGGUCCAGAAGGUUCAAUUGGAAUAAGAGGACCAAGAGGUCUGCAGGGGCUUCCAGGACCACUGGGAGACGUUGGACCAGAGGGGCCUCAGGGAAAGCAGGGAGAACGAGGCCCAUCGGGCCCACCAGGAAUUCAGGGAGAAAUUGGUAUUGGACUUCCUGGUCCAAAAGGUGACAUGGGCUUCCAAGGCCGACCGGGUCCUCCUGGUCCUCAUGGAGUGGGUGAACCUGGUCCUUCUGGACCUCAAGGACAGCAAGGUGUUCAGGGGGAAAAGGGGCCCCAAGGAGAAGGGUUUCCUGGACCGAAGGGGGAUCGAGGGCUCCCAGGACCGAGGGGGCCGAGGGGACAGCAGGGUGUAGGCAUCAAAGGAGAAAAGGGUGAAAUAGGACCACUAGGUUUUCCUGGGCCAACUGGACCAACAGGAGUGGGCAUUCAGGGAGAAAAGGGUGUCGAGGGACCAAGAGGUCCUCCAGGAGUCAGAGGAGUUCCAGGAGAAGGCUUACCAGGACCUAAGGGUGACCAAGGUUUACCAGGAGAGCAGGGGGCUACUGGAGAAAGAGGCUUCGGUGAGCCUGGUCCAAAGGGAGAACCUGGAGCCUCAGGACUAGGUGGUCUGCCUGGUCUCCCGGGUGAAGAUGGAGCUCCGGGCCAAAAGGGUGAGCCUGGUUUACCUGGCUUAAGAGGUCUUGAGGGAGCACAAGGAAUUGGCAUUCAAGGAGAGAAGGGCGACCAGGGUCUGAGAGGAAUUCGUGGACUACAUGGUCCUCCUGGGAUUCCAGGACCUUCUGGACCAAAAGGUGAACGUGGAAUUCCAGGUCCGCAGGGCAUGUCGGGGCAGCCAGGACGGUCCAUAUCAGGUCCAAAGGGCGAAGUUGGUCCUGCCGGUCCUCCUGGUCCUAUUGGAGAAACAGGUCUUGGUCUACCAGGCCCUAAAGGUGAUCGAGGACUUUCAGGUGUACCAGGUCCAGCUGGUCCGAAGGGUGAUGGCAUUCCAGGCCCUGAGGGUCCUCCUGGCAUGCCAGGGUUACCAGGUGAGCCCGGAGUAGAGGGAGUGGGAAUUCCUGGUCCAAAGGGGGACAUUGGCUUUAGAGGGCUGCCAGGCUUGCCCGGCCCACCAGGCGAGGGCUUACUGGGACCACCAGGUGUUGUUGGAAGGCCAGGACCUCCAGGUCCAGCUGGACCUCCAGGAGCAGGUAUUCAAGGCCCAAAGGGUGAGCCAGGAUCUCAAGGCAUGACUGGACCUAGGGGGGCUCAAGGGGAAGGAUUUCCUGGACCUAAGGGGGAUCGGGGCUUACAAGGAGAGAGGGGAAUGAAAGGUACAAAAGGAGACAUGGGGGAUCCUGGACUCCCUGGAGAAAUGGGGAUAGCAGGUGGCAAGGGCGAACCAGGCCUUACAAGAGACGACAUUAUAAGACUGAUCAAAGAAAUAUGUGGAUGUGGCAUCAAGUGCAAAGAACGACCCAUGGAACUUGUGUUCGUCAUCGACAGCUCAGAGAGUGUCGGCCCUGACAACUUUGAGAUCGUCAAAGACUUUGUCACUAGGUUGGUGGACAGAACCACCGUCGGACGCAAUGCCACCAGGAUCGGAUUGGUUCUUUACAGUCUGGACGUCCUUUUGCAAUUCAACCUGGCUCGUUUUUUGACCAAGGAAGACGUAAAGGAAGCGAUCCGAAAAAUGCCUUACAUCGGUGAGGGCACCUACACAGGGACGGCUAUAAGGAAGGCGACUCAGGAGGCUUUCUUCAGCGCACGGUUCGGAGUCCAAAAAGUAGCCAUCGUCAUCACUGAUGGUCAGACAGACAAACGAGAAACCGUCAAACUUGACAUAGCAGUGCGGGAGGCUCAUGCAGCAAACAUUGAGAUGUAUGCACUGGGGAUCGUUAACUCUUCUGAUCCCACACAGGCUGAGUUCCUGCAAGAACUUAAUCUCAUAGCCUCUGACCCAGACAGUGAGCACAUGUACCUCAUUGAUGACUUCAAUACUCUCCCAGCACUGGAGUCUAAACUUGUCAGCAAAUUCUGUGAAGAUGAAAACGGUGCCCUCAUUUACAAUCAGAUCCAAAACGGACCAUGGAACGGCAACAAUGGGCAUGGUCUUAAUAGAUUUAAUGGAGGACACAGUAAUGGAUACAAUCGCUUUGACAAUAACGGCUAUGGAAACAAUGGAAAUGGGAAAAGGUACGAAGAGGAAACUGAAAACCAGAGAGUACCCAACAGCAGAGGCCGUGGUGACACAUUCACGCUGCCCAUAAGCGCUGACCCCCUUCCUCUACAGGUAGUGGAAGAUGAUGAUGGGGAAGAUUUAGACCUGAGGGCCCUAGUGCAGACUGGAAGCAGAUCAUCUAUAUUCAAUAAAACCACAAUGUCAUCAGCUGUGAAAGCAAGAUUUGACUCGAGGGAGGAAGCCUUAUCAUCAUCAUCAUCAUCAACAUCAGCACCAGCAACAGCAGUACCGUCGUCAUCUUUGUCAACACUGGGGUCUGACACACCUUCAAACUCUAAUCAGUUGCAGCCUGUAGUGAGUCCAGACUUACCUAAAGAGGUCCCUGCUCUUGAUCCUCGCUGCGGUCUAAUUUUGGAACAAGGAACCUGCAGAACCUACGUGAUCCGCUGGUAUUACGACAAACAGGCCAACGCCUGUGCACAGUUCUGGUACGGAGGCUGCGGUGGGAACGAAAACCGCUAUGAAACCGAGGACGAAUGCAAGAAGACUUGUGUUCUUUUGAGAACAGCUGGAUAAGAAGGCAAGUCGGAGAGCGGCCUCGAUUACUCUGGAGUCUCAGCAUUUAUUUGUGUUCAGCAGUUUUCUUGUACUUUUCCAAAACAGCUGUCGUCAGAUACAAGAAGCACAUGUUGCUCAAUAGCAAAUAUAUUUGAGAAAUUGCUAGUGUGACUGAAAAUGUAUCCAACAAUCUGCUAGAAAAACUGACUUUAUUACCUCAGGACCUGAACUUGUAAUGAUAUUGCUAAAGAAAACCGGUUGUAUUUAGAAAUUGCUUCUGAAUGUAAAGGGGAACACUACAGAAUAAGCAGCGCCAGACACCUCUCCAAGCUAUGUGUUUAGGCUGAUUAUAUAUUUCCAAACAGAAAGCCAUAGUGAAAUGUUUCCUAUAACAUAUCUUUUACUACAUAUCUGAUUGUUUUGUGAUUGUGUUGUUUGGGUUUGUCAAAGGCAGCUGUAACUAUCGAAUGCUGCUUUAAAUAGUCCACUGCAAAUUUCAGGAUAAUGAAGAUAAAAGCAGUCUUUUUUAUAUAGUGUGUGUGUAUAUCUGAACUAAUGUUGUCUAUGAUUAUUAUAAACUAGUAAAGUGAAAAUGAUGUGUUUUUUUGUACAUG